AUGUUGGGAGAAGCCAUCUCGCGUAGAACAAGCUACGAUCCGCAGCUGAAAACUUGGGCGGGUCGGUCAGUGAAAAGUGCUUCUGAGGAUGACCCCACCAUUGGGCAAAUUAUAUUUAAGCAACUACAAAAGGAGCCAAAGAGAAUAUGCCAGAUUUCCCAUUCAGAGAAGACGCAGCUAACGCGUGCGCAGAUGCUGGACAACUCCAUUAGAUGUGCCACCUAUUUGCGGGAUGCUGGCUUCAAAGAGGAAACGGAUAUUGUCGGCAUACUUGCGUCCAAUUCAACGCACCUGGCUGCUUUGGCUUAUGGCUGCAUGUUCAAUGGAACGCCCGUCAAUCAACUAUGCCCAGGCAUUGAUCGGUUGGAUACUUCUCAGAUUCUUGUAGCCGACGAGCUGGACUCUGAGAUUAUCACGUUGUAUGGCCAAGUAGCGGGUGUUAAGAGCAUUUUGGAUCUUUUGGAGCUGCCACUUGAGGAGCACUACCAACCAGCGAGCUUUGAACGUGGCUCGGAGCGUCUCUUGGCCAUAUGCUCAACAUCCGGUUCAACGGGCUUUCCAAAGGCUUCAACUCGGAUAAACAGCCGGCGAAUCUUUUGUGGCACCGAUGAAGUGCAAUUCGAUUUCAAAACAUGUGAAGCUACAGUUGGCUUGCUCUGUCUUAUUAAUGCCGGCAUCUAUGGCACAUUGCGUAUCAUAUGUAUGGAUUUGUUCGAUCCCCAUACCUUCUUGGCCGUGUGUGAGGAGCAUCGAGUUACGUUCAGUCUACUGUUUACUCCAGCUAUAACGGCGCUGGCCAAGUUUCCGAGCAUAAAUGCAAAUGCUUUAAGCAGUUUGCGCCACUUGAAAAUUAUGGGAGCUGUUGCUCUUGCGUCUCCGUUGGAGCAGCUGCAAAAUUAUUUGCCUGAAAAGUGUAUAAUUGAGAAUCAUUACGGCAUGACCGAAACGUGCUGCCAUGCCACUAAUCGCAAUGUUAAGUCGAAUCCCACCUCAGUGGGUCAGCUGAGUCACAAUGUGCGUAUGCGCGUCAUGGAUGCCGAUGGGAAUAUGCUGGGUCCGAAUAAAGUUGGCGAAAUACUGGUUCAUACGGGUGAGCGAUGGCUGGGCUACUAUGGCAAUCCGGCAGCUACGGCUCACAUGCAGGACGCGGACGGUUGGUUCCAUACGGGCGAUCUGGGCUACUUCGAUGACGACCAUGAGCUUUAUAUUGUGGGACGCAAGAAGGAAAUGCUGCGUUGCGAUAUGUUUAUGUACUAUCCUCAGCAAAUUGAGGCGAUUAUAAUACAAAUGCCUGAAGUUGCCGAUGCUUGCGUCUUUGGCAUUUGGCAUGAGCUCCUUGGUGAUGAAGCAGCUGCAUCCGUAAUGCUCAAGCCUGGCUGUGAGCUACUUGCUUCUCAGGUUGUGGACUUUGUCCAGCAACGUACUACGGCCAAGUACAAGCAACUUCUAGCUGGAGCACUUAUUGUUGAUCAUCUGGAGCGAACGCGCACUGGCAAAUUACGGCGUGAGGCCAUCAAGCAACAUUUUUUGAAAGCAACAUCUAGACUUGACGUUAGCAUUAGAAAGGAAGCUUAA